AUGUCUGCUAUUGCGAGUUCUUUGAUAUCGCUGAGUAUUCUCUUUGUUUUACAUACUGUUAAUUUUCUAAUAUUUGAGACACACGGCUCAAUCCUAUUGACACCACUUACUGUUGGGACUGCCGAGCUGAUACUUGCUGCUCUUGCGGCUUUAUGUGUUUUCACAAGGCCUUCAAGAGACACAACACUCACAACCACUGUGCUACUUAUGGUGUGUACCGUGUGGACUGCAGUUGGUCUCUCAAAUAUUUCUUGGGAGAUGAUCAUCCCAAAGUUAUACGAAAGAAAUAUUUCGGUCGAAGAAUAUUCACAAAGAGACGUCUUACUUCCGGGUCAUGGGGUCCUUAUAGUUCUAUAUUUUAUUUUCUCUGUUUGUUUGAUUUUACAUAACAAGAAGAAGGAUAUGGUUGUUUUCAUGCUUGUGGCGUCUUUGUUAUCAGUGUGUGUUAUCAUCAACACGUGGACAAACUUUAAAGGGCAUAGUCUGUUGUUCCUCUCGUUAGCCUUUGUGACUGCGUACGUCAGUGUUAGGGCUGCACUAGAGCAUUUUACUGGGAAUACAGAAACGAAACCUUCAGAUAAUAAAACUAACUUUGACGAUAAGAGAGUCAUCAGAUAUGCUUUAAAUGUUCUUUCACUUUCCCCUUGGGUCUUGCGAAGUAGUACAUUAACAAAGAAUACUGUCAUUAGUUUUAUUUGGCCAUUAGUCUCUGGGUUAUUUCUCCUUUUUCAUGGAAUAUCUGGAAUGAGGAGAGGUAACACCACCAUAUCUACAUAUUCUAUUGUUGAUGGUCUGUUUUGGGCCUCUCUAGGUGGGUCCAUGUAUAUAACAGUCAUAAAAGAUUUUUCGGAAAUUCUGUUUCCGGCCGUUUCGAUCCCAUUGUCUAUGAUUCUUCUUACGAUAGCUGCUGUAUCCUUACACUCAGAGAUUCUGCUAUCAUUAGAGUACGUGCUUCUUUCGGGUUUUAUGUUAACUUUAACCUUUAAACGUGAGGUUUCAUUAGCAGCCUUUACUUGGAUUUGUUUUGUUGUUUACAUGUAUGGGUAUAUCGCUUCUUUGUUCAAGUCCUUCUCGUUUAAAAUCCAGCUUCCUGUUGGACAAAAAGUAUUUUCUAAACUAAGGCAAAAGUUUUGUAUGCAGAAAAUUUUGGCUGAAAAUAAAGUGGAAAUGGUUAACUCAAGUAACGUGUUUGAGUCCGACCCAAUGCUCGGUAUUUCCAAAUAUGCUACUUUGGAAAAUAUAGGCUAUGUCUCCAAUAUUAUUAGCGUCCUUUCGUUUUCCUGGGUCCCACAUGAAACAACAUUGCUAUCUCUGCCUUGGCAAUUAAUUUUUGGAUGUUUCAUUCAAUUCGUUGUUGGAUUUAUUGGUUUUUCUAGGGGAAAGACUUUGGAAAGUUCAUUUUUUCUAAUUUUUGCCUCGUUUUGGUCCAUCUGGGGAAGUUUGAGAUCAUUAGACCUUAUUGGAUCUGAGUCAGGGAUGUCAUUAGGGGUUGGACUAAGCGGUUUUCUGUUGGUAGGAGUAGUGUUUUUAGGCAUGUCAAUAACUGUGAAUAAGGUUUGGAUUGGUAUAUCUUUAUGUUUUGUUCUCUUUAUGUUGACAAGUCUUCUGCAAGUGUUAGGUAUAUCUGAUGGAUUUAUUUAUGAGAAGACAGCCGCAGUUUUGUAUUCUCUGUCCCUUUUUUACGCUCUUUUAUCGUCGACAUUAAAAUUGACCUUUGUAAGAGAAGUAUUACCUUCUGGGAAACCUCUUCUACAAAUCAGUAAAAUAACAAAGUACAAUGAUCAGAUUCUGUUGGCAUCAUCUAGAAGAGCGAGAGGAGUAAAAGAAAUUGCAGAAAAGCUGAAGACCGGUGGUAUAUGUGGAAUUCCCACAGACACAGUAUACAUUCUGGCCGCCUGUUGUCAUCAACCUAAAGCUGUCGAGAGAGCAUACAAGUCGAAAAAGCAUGGUAAGGACAGGCCGAUGUCAGUUUGGAUAUCCAACUUCAAACAAAUAGAAGUUGCUCGCCAUGAAUUCAGCUCACUUCUUUGGGACUUCCUACAUGAAAUAUGGCCAUCAAAUGUUUCCGUUGUUGUGAAGAGAGGUGAAUGGGUAAAAUCUUUGGGUCUCGGAGAAUCAGAAAAGUACGUUGGUCGUUCAGAUAGCAUCGCUCUCCGAAUUCCAGACAGUACUAUUACCUGUCAUCUUAUUGACCAGUGUGGACCAGUGACUGUGACGUCAGCAAACCCGACAGGGGAGGGAGAUACCACCCACCACCUCCAGGUUUUGGCAAAGCUUGGAAUUGAAAUGUGUGAUGGCAUUUUGUGCGAUGGUCCUUCAAGAGAAAACGCCAUUUCAACGGUAGUGGACUGUCGUGAUAUAGACAAUGAGAAACUCGGCUUCUUUAGAAUUGGUCUCACGCCAAAAUCCGCAGUUUUAGGAAUCCUACACAAACUGUUGGAAAAGCGUUCUACAACGAAUGGAGACAGUCAUAUGAACGGCAUUGCGAACGCUGCUUUCGAUACCAAAAUGUAA